CGAGGCGCAACCACCGGCCGGGCGGCCUGCCGCGCCUCUCCUUUCCCGUGGUGCCUUGCGCGGCCGAGGGCUUCUUCCCAUGGCGGAGACGGAGGCGGCGGCGGGCGCGUCGCUGGUGGCGGCCGUGCUGGAGGCCGCGCAGGGCUCCUCGGGCCGCCUGGAGAAGGAGGGCCUCGGCGGGCGCAUCUCCCGCCUCUCGGAUCGAGUGGAGGAGCUCAAGGAUGAGGUCUGCAACAUGAUCAACCAGCGCUAUGUAGAGUUCCUGCCCAGCAUGCAGAAUGCCCAGGACCUGGAGUCUGAAGCCGAGGAGUUGUCCAGCAGCAUUGAGCAGCUGAAGUCUAUGAUCGAAACAGAGGUGCAGCAGGACCUUGACGUGGCCAUUGCAGAAUUCACAGAGCUGAGGCAACAGCUGGAGAGGGACUCGCUGGUUCUGAGCGUGCUGAAGCAGCUGCAGGAGAUCGAUUCUGCCCUGAAGCAGUUCAGUGCCCUGUUGCCGGAGAAGAAGUAUGUUUCCGCAGCGUGCCACUUGAGCAAGGCCCAAAGGCACCUGAAAAUGAUGGAGUCCCGUCGGGGCUUUGAGCUGAAGAUCCUGAAAGCGCUCCACAUUGAACUUGUUGCGCAGACCCAGAACAUCCUGGGUGUUUUGGGAGAGGAAUGGAAGCAGCUGGCUGUGUGGAAGCUUCCUCAGUCAAAAGAAACUGGCAGUCUGGAGUCAGCCUUGCAGACAGAGCUGCACUUGCGGAAAACCGUCCCGGGCGAGGACUCCGGGGUUGGCUCAUCUGCUACAUCCGUGCUGCAAGGGCUUGCAAUCUUGGGCGAGCUCAACUACAGGUUUAAGAUCUUUGGACAGCUAUUGCUGAACUACGUUCUCAAGCCAUUGAUUUCUCAUCCGUCGUUGCAGUCCUUGCUGGAGGAGCAGUCUGACGCUGUUGUGCUGCGGUUAGAGUCCGUGGGCACUCAGCUGGGCCACCCGUCCCCCACAGAGGUGUUUCCAAAGCUCAAGCUGGUGCUAGAGGUCCUUCACAAACAUCUGUUGGCUGUUCCCCUUGACCGCUGCGCUGGAGAUGAGAGCGACACCAGGCCUGUCUUGGCAGAGGUACUGGGCGAGGUGAUUUGGAAGGAGCUGUCCGAUUGCCUCACGCGUGACUGCUUGGUGCAUUCGAUCCCAAGCAGCAGCAGCAAACUGGGGCAGUACGUCGAGGUUAUUAAAGCCACGGAGGAGUUUGAGCAAGCCUUGAAGGACAUGCGCUUUUUAAAGGAGGAUUCCACCGACUUGCUGACCUAUGCCCGCAAUGUCAAUCGCCACUUUGCUGAUAAAAAGUGCCAGGACGUGGUCGUGACAGCAAGGCAUUUGAUGAUGUCGGAAAUUCACAACACUGUCAAGGUCACUCCAGAGUCCUCAGUAGGUCUGCCCGAGCUGCCUGGCCGUGCAGCGGGCGACCAGUCCUGCGCGCUAGUGGCCCCCGAGGUGCUUCCUAUCCAAGCGGGGGAUCUGGAGGCCAAGACCAGGCUCAGCCAGCACACCCUUUCUUUCCCUGCCUGCUGCAUCAGUGAAUCCGUACAGAAGUUGAUGGCCUUGGCUUACCAGACGCUUGAGGAGGCCUCCGCCGGCACUGAUCAGUACAGCGCUCAGCUCUUCUACUUGGUGCGACACAUCUUCUGCCUCUUCUGGGACGUUGUGCCGAUGUACCAUAAGGAGAACCUUCAGAAGCUCCCCCAGCUGGCUGCAAUUCAUCACAACAACUGCAUGUACAUUGCGCACCACCUCUUGACCCUGGGCCACCAGUUCCAGGGCUGCCUCAGCGGCCUCCCGUGCGACGGGGCUGCCACCUUUGUCGACCUGGUGCCGAUCUUCAGGAGACUGGGGACAGAAUGUUUCCUGGCCCAGAUGCGAGCCCAAAAAGGAGAACUCCUGGAGAGGCUGUCGAGUGCAAGGAAUUUCUCCACCGUGGACGAUGAGGACAGCUACGCGGCAGCGAACAAAGCUGUGCGGCAGGUCCUGCAUCAGCUGAAGAGGCUUGGCAAGAUCUGGCAGGGCAUCCUCCCAGUGAACGUCUACUGCAAGGCCAUGGGGACUCUGCUGAACACCGCCCUUGCGGAGAUCAUUAGCAGAAUCCUUGCCUUGGAGGAUAUCUCUGCCGAGAAUGCAGACAGGCUGUUUGCGCUUUGCCAGAUGAUGGUGGAAGAGGGGCCCCAGGUGUUUGUGCCUCUGCCUGAAGAAAAGCACAACAGGCCCUUCCAGGAAGAAGUCCCGCUCUAUGUACCCAAAUGGAUGAUGUUCAAGGAGCUGAUGUUGGUGCUACAGGCCAAUCUACAAGAAAUAAUGGACCGGUGGGCAGACAGCAAAGGGCCCCUGGCAGCAGAGUUCUCCCCAAGCGAGGUGAAGAAUCUAAUCCGAGCCUUGUUCCAGAAUACAGAGCGGAGGGCAGCUGCCCUGGCGAAAAUCAAAUAGCUUUAGCGUCACACCUGCACCUGAAACGUCUUCCGGGAAGCGCAGUGGUCAGCCUGGGCUGUGGCCCCCACAUUGGAUUUGACCGUACCCCCUCCUCCCAGUUGACGAACUUCUCUGGCUUUGUGUGCAGCUACUUCCUGGAGACCCAAAGAAAGUGUAUGGGGGCGGGGGUAUCAUUGUCUAAUGCAAUUAUCAGGGCAGUGUAGCUACUUAAUGCCUGACAGUACCUGGCCCUGAUCCAUCUGCUACUCAGAGGGAAAUCCGACUUGUUGCGAUUUCAUUCCUGUUGUGGGUCUUUCCAACACUUUCAUUUUCCGCUUUGGGUAUUUGGAGGACCUCGUUUGGUCCCGGAAAACUCUUGGCCAGUGUGUUCUGGCACUCCCCCUGCCUGGGGGCACAGGCAUUUCCGGCGUCCUGAUAGAAAAGCAUCUAUGCAGCUUCUUUCAAGGUGUGUGGGGGGGUGCCCUUUGCAUACAGUACCUCAACUCUUUCUUUUGCAACUGGCUUCUAAAGCCCCCAAGACUUGGGGGAAAAAAAUCCCACGAAUGGCCUUUUUAAGGCUCCGAAAGUGCCAAAUGGCCAAAGUUUGCUAGCUACUUCCAGGUAGCCGCUUUGUUCCACUCAUGGGCCAUGUCGUUAUUCAGAAGAGGCCACAUCUGAACACUGUCCAGUUUAACUUGUUGGAUCGGGCAGGCCUCUCCCACACCCACCCCCUUCUCCAAACCAGCCACAUAUAUUUUGUGUACCGAGUGUGAGAUCUGCGGUUUUGUUAAAAUGGAAAUCUUUUGUCUUUGGGGAUCUAGACGGCACUUUCUAUAUAAUAAAACCGAAGUCCUUUGGCA